UCCUCCUCACACUGUUACAUGUUUCUCCGUGUCUUCCGGGAAGAAGGAGAAACUACAAACUGAGCGGUGGUCGCUGGAGCAAGUCCAACAUGGUGCUCGUCCGCUGUGCGCUGUUUUUAUUCCUCUGCAACCCGGUGUGCGCAGUUUUCCAGAAACUCUACUGCGCCCUUUCAGAAAGCUGCGACUGCGACUUCAGACCGCGCAUCAGAGACUUGGAGUGGGACCUCUACAAGAAUGUCUACGGUCAACACCUGGCCCAGGACAUCGUGUCAGAGGCGGUGGCCAGUUUCCUCCAGAAUAAAAACCCCGAUCGCCCCCUGGUGCUGUCCUUCCACGGCUCCUCUGGGACAGGGAAGACACUGGUCAGCUCCAUGCUGGGAACUCAUCUGUAUGGCUCAGCUAUGAGCAGCCCAUUUAUCCACCAGUUUGUUCCAACGCUGCACUUCCCAAUCCCUCAGCGGGUCAAUGAGUACAGGGAGGAGUUGAAGCUCUGGGUGCAGGGGAACCUGACGGAGUGCGCACGCUCCAUCUUCCUGUUUGACGAGAUGGAGAAGAUGCCUUCAGGCCUCAUCGAUGUCCUGGAGCCCUUCCUCGGUCCUUCUCACGUCGUGUUCCGCACCAAUUACCGCAAGGCCAUCUACAUCUUCAUCAGCACCACAGGAGAGGAGGUGAUAAACAGACUGAGUGUGGAGAACCGUCGGGCUGGACGGGACCGAGAGGAGAUCAGGUUGUCCGACCUGCAGGACGACAUCGCACAGUCGGUCUACAACGACACCUCAAGCGGCUUCUUCCACUCCAGCAUCAUCCAGCAGAAGCUCAUCACCCGCUUCGUCCCCUUCCUGCCGCUGAGCCGCCGCCACAUCGAGCGCUGCGUCCGCUCGCAGCUCUGCCAGCAGGACCGGUGUGGCCGCAGUGACGUGGUGGAGGCAGUGGGGGGCGACAUGGUUUACACUCCCGCUCCGGGACAAUACUUCUCCACCACCGGCUGUAAGGCCGUCUCCGCCAAAAUCAACAUGUUCCUGUGAGUCGGAGUGUUGACUUUCUUUUUUAAUGACUGACAGGGAAACUCCCCCUGAGGUGAAAAACAGAACUUUACGUUUGCCUAGUUUCUGCCACGUGGAGGUCAGAGGUCAAAGCAGCGGAGAUUCACAGUGGAGGAGGCCUCCAGCGCUUUAACCAAACAGGAGAGUUUGUUCCCUGAGCUUUGUUCAGCGUCUGAACCCGGGACACGUCUCCGUCUCUACCUCAAAAGGAGACAAAGGUUUCAGCUGCUGGCCGCUUUAGUGCCUUGCUCAUCUGUUGGCAUCCAACAGCUAAAGAAAGAGGCUCUGUCUUUUUGAUCUAUGAUGUGGUUUCUGCUUUGUGAUCAUAGUUUUAGAAAAAAAGAGUUUCCAUAAAGACUUUUUAACGUUUGAAAUAUUUAUUUAGCGAGAACUCCUUCGUGCUCCGGUGACAGACUUAGUUUGUUGUUUAAUAUUCGAGAGCGUUCAGAAGUGAACUCAUAAACUCUCAAAGCCUUAAACCUUAAAACGAUGGAACAAACUUGCAGCUUUGCAACAGAGACACAAAAAAUAUGGAGAAAAAAAAAAACAUGAUUCAUUUUAAAAAGAGAUGUGAAGUUAAGUCUGUGUCACUUCCUGUCAGAUCCAGGAAAUCAUGGAUAACUAUUUUAACUUAAAGCAAAAAUUAAGAACUUUUAGAAAUAAGAAAUCGUAUAUUUGAAACUUAAGGAUUUUUUGGGGGGAAUGAGAAAUAAGUCGAGUCAAACUGAGGUGAUGCUUUAAGAGAAAACUAUUUCUACGAACUAAAGGAAGAAGCUGGUGGAUUUGACUUCAGGCUCCAGUCUGGGUGCUCACAUGCACUUUAACCACCAGGGGGCAGUAGAGACUUACUUUUACCAAGCGAGGAAGAAGCUCUGCAGAACUUCAGCUGCAGCUCAUUGGUUUUUAUUUCAUUUAAAUGAGUUUUCAACAGUUUUGAUAUUUCUAAUGUAAACGUGUUGUAAACGGUGACAACACUGAAACUGCACUUUAUAACCUGGAGGCCUCUUGAUCCAGGACGAACACGUUGAGUCAUGAAGUUUACUUUAUUAUUACAACUAAUUUACAGGUGUUAAUUCUAUUGACUGCAUUAAAUUGUGACUGUAUGAAUGACUGCAGCAGCAAGUUGUCAAAUAAAAAACACAUCCAAUUAACAAGC